AUGAAAGUAACAAAAAUUCUUAAAGACCUUUCUAUUAACCUCCAUUUUGCUCUUCCUCCGAGUAAUGCUUUAAUUAAGUUAACAAUUCAUGUAAAAAAAGAUCGUUUGUUACUUGAUGCCGUCAGGUGCUUUAUGAAUAAUAAUAAUAUACCAUGUUAUUUGGAAAAUUCCGUUCUUUCGGUUGUUGAAACUUUGAUCGAAGAAAGUUGGAGAAGAGAUAUAGAAAAGGCUUCUAAAAUUGAAGAUGAGAUGAAUGCUGAAAAGGUUCGAGAUGCAAUCGUAUCAAAAUAUAAAAAACAUACUGUACAAUAUAGUGAUGCCCCAGCUGAAGAUAUAUUCCCUAAAGCUUAUAACACUCUUGUUCACUCUCCUGUACCGUCAAUCUUUGAUACUCUUUUACAAUUGGAACAAAGUUAUAAUAAUGCUGUUAAGGAUCUGGUUACCUCUCAUAAAAUAGAAAUGGGUUGCAUGCGUGAAAGACAUCAAAAAGAAUUGGAACAUGUUGGUAUUGGUCCCAGUCAAAACGGUUUCUCUUAUAUGUCUGAAAGACAAACUGAAGACAUUGAAUAUAGCCAAGCCACCCUGGAAAGCGGACUCGAUGAAUUAAAAAAAUUUCAAAAACAAGAAUAUUGCGAAUUUGUUAUCAAACUUUAUAAUGCACAUCAACGUUGGAUAAUUGAACAUCAAUCAACUAUGGAUUCUAACUGGAUGUGCAGAAUUGAUGGAAAAGAAAUUGUUUCCGAAGUUAUCACAGAUAUGAAAAAGCAUUCUAAACAUCUAUCAAAUGAAAUUUUAAAACUUGAUCAAGGUAGUAGACCACGAAGUCGACAUGGCAGUAUUAGUUCAUUGACAGAU